AUGUCUGAUAUGGUGGGACACUGGUUGUUCCCCAAACGAAGAGAGUUCCCGCUUCUAUACGUCAAACGAACAUACGCUACCAACUCCAAGACUCUCGUUCAGGAUGCUUGGGUUGACCACCUUAUCGGGAGACUCAAGAAGAUCUGUGAACCCUACGAGAAGCUGGACGACGUGAACAAAAAGCCGGUGAAUAAUCCACUAUACGACAAUUGCAAGAUCUCAGCCCAGAUCCAGUGCUUCGGCGGAGAAAAUCACAUGUUCUACAACAACCGCAACAACGGAGCCGCCUACAGCUGGAGAGACUCAACUGUUCUCCAGACUGUGGACUGUUGGUACCUGAACAGCACCGAUCCGAAGUAUAAAGAAUCGCAGGGCCUCGCAAAUACAUGGCAGGCUGAGAAUGACAGCGUUAUGAUUGGUGCCCACAGCUGCUUCAGCAAAACUGACGUGUUCUUUGGGGCUCUUGGGAUGAUUGGGAUAUGGCUAAGCGUGAGGUUUGGAAGACUUACUAUGAAGAUGAGGCCAAAUAUCAGAGUAUCGGCAAGAUCAGGGCGGCAGCGGAUCCAAAUGGUACCUUUACCGCCAAUCCAUUUGCUGUUGCUCGUGAAACUUGGGAAAUAG